AGCAGUUACCAUUCCAUCGUUACGGGAGAGGAGCUCUCCACGCUGAAAAGGUAGCAUUUGUUGAAAGGGGAUCCGGCUGCGUUUAACACCACCAUAUAUGGGCAGGGUACUCUGGUUUGGCCUAUUUCUUACCAAUUUGGAAAUGCACGCGAGGCGAGGCGAAAAUAAAGCUCCCGUUGCUAUGGAGAUGGCAAGGGUUUGGGGGCACAUUACUUUAGAUAGAAUCGGAAAAGUUUGUGUUGUGGGGUUCAAGCUAACUUCAUGCGUGUCGACUCGUAUUCGGAAACUAGGAGCAGUUACUUUGGAUAUUGGGGCAUCUGAAGACAUUCCUGUAUUUCACCAGAUAAUGCCAGAGGAUACUAUGAGAACGGAAGGAUGUGUUUAAAGUUUGGUCUUGAAUAACUCUGAGAGUUUGACCAUGUCUCACAGGCGAAAAAGUGCUCGACCCACGAAUAAGCAUUGGCGAAAUGGACCCCACACCUUUGAUCAUUCUCCGACACAGUCCGCGUGCGAGGACGAGGGCGAAGAAAGGUCCCCGCCAGCUGCCGACCCGGGCCAGGCCAUCGAGAUCCCCUCCGACAUCUUCAAGGACUUUCAGCAGCUGAAACACGCGACUAACCUUGACACGACCACCCUGAUGAGGAACCUGCUCAACGACUACCACAGACUUCCAGCUCGGUCGUCCUGGCACCGGCCCCUGGUGGAGGAGGAGGAGCAGAAAAGCCCACCACCGACAGUCGUGGACGACAAGCAGGUCAUGAGGGACUCCUCCGAGAGGGGUAUGUUUGACAUGGACAUGAAUCGGAGCUCUCCACUCGUGGACAGUGGCUUCAUAGAUCAUGGCUGUGACAGCCCCUUUGGAACUGGAACAGAUCAACCCUUGGAUCUGUCAGUCGUUGUGAAGUCUGAGAGAUCAACUCCAGAGAGUGUCAUUGGUCCACAAGACAAGAAGACCCUGGUCGGACAGCUACAGAGGAAGCUGAUUGGAGGAGACCGGAGUCCUGCUUCUCCCACCGUGUCGUCUGCUCCUUGUGUGAUGAUGACAUCUGACGUCAUCAUGUCCCACGUGUCAGGCCAAGGGGGGUUGGUUAUGACCUCUGCCAUGCCGAACCAGUGCAGGGUUGUGAUGUCAUCUGCUGUGCCCGGCUCAGGGACUUUUACCCUCAGUGGUGACAAGAACGAGUGCAACAUCAUGAUGCCGGUGCAAAUGUCGAUGCAGCUGCCGACGGUCACCAACGUCGACGGUGGACAAGGGGUUAUGACGAGUAAUAUCAACGUUGAAACAAGUAGUGGUCAGCAAAUAGUAGCCAUCCCCUUCCUGCAGACUGUGCCGGCCGUCCAGGUGCAAGCUGCUCCUAAACCCCAACCACAACCUCAACCUCAGCCACAGCAACAGCUUCAGCAGUUUCAGCUACAACAGCAACAACAACCCCAGCAACCGCAACCACAACCUCAUGUGCCAGCAAGAAGGGGCAGAAAGCCGGGAUCAGUCAACAAGGGAAAUAAGGCAUCCAAACCAGUGAGGUCAAAUGAAAUGAAAGUUGUUGCUGAGAACACGAUGUUCCCAGGUGUGUAUACGAGUAUUCUCAAGCUGCCCUGGAGCCGUCGAUCUCGAAGCAAGGCUCAUCCUCCAGCCCCUCCAGUGCCUCCUCCAACGCAACCUUCCAUGACGCUUCUCCCUGUUACAUCAUCCCAGGACAUAGCAACUUCAGAAUCAACACUAGCAACUUCAGCAUCACACUCACCCUCUACAACACAGUCUGUGAUGAUGGUGUACCCUAAUGCUACAAUAUCUGCUUUGGGUAAGCCAGUGAGAAAAAGGGGCCGACCUCCGAAGCUUCCAGUUCUUUCCCACCUCCUUGCAGAGAAGAAGCCCAAGAAAGACAGCCUAUAUACCCCAGUAGCGACAACCCUUCCUAGUCAGUCUUCCUCCAUAUCUGCCGAUGGAUCAAUGCUCUCUAUUCUCAGUACUCACAGUAUUGGAGCAGACACUUCAACUGAAGAUGAUAAAUUAAAAAAACUUCAAACUGUGUCUGAAUCCCAGGAUUCAAAGACCUUUCAGCUAAACACGCCAGACCAAUUCCCCGCUCCAACGACACAACACCUUGAAACCCCAGACCAAGGUACUGCAACAACUAAAGGAUCAAACGGUGCCAUGUUUCAAGAGAUGCUCCUGUCUUCCAAAUCACUGAUCAACAUCAAACCUAGAAAGCGACAAUCCAGCAACCUUAUCAAAUCAGGCGAGAACUUCAUAUGUACAUCUUUUAGAAUAAGACCAAGAGGCUCAAGACACAAAGCUCCAACAGAUUCCCCAAAGGCUGGCCUUCCACAAGCUCCGCCAGAACCCGUCCCUGCUUCACCAGCCAGCACAGACAUUAACCAUGCAUCCCCAGUUCCUCAAACAGAGCCCUUGGAAAGGGUCACUGUGUCUCCCACCUCCACAGUGGACGAUUCCCCUCUGUCUAAGAAUAUGUUCCACGAGCUCUACCACUGCAAGGUGUGCAACGAAAUCGUCCCAGCAGAUGAGAAACAGACCCACAAACAGCAACACGUUCCGGUCAAGUUCUUCUGUCUGACCUGCGGCUUGGAAUACUACAGUUUCCUUCAGGGCAAGGCAGGGGAGGACCCGGAUGCACCUCAGAGCUUUCAGUGCGAACGAUGCAGUGAGAACUACAACAGUAACCUCCCUUUGAGCAGCGGCCUUCACCUCAAGACGGAGUCAUUACAAUGUGAUCUGUGUGACGAACAACUGAAAUCUUUCUCCGAUCUCUGCGAACACAGGAGAGAGGUACAUGGCGAUGAGAAGAGGGGAAUUGAUAAUUAUCGCUGUGAUGAAUGCGGGAAAGUGUUUUUCACGGAGAAGAGUCUUGAUGCUCACAGAGAAACCCACGAGGAGAAGGAGGAAGAGUAUUGUGAGGAAGAAAUGAAUCCUGAAGAACUGGAACUGGCGAAAGAGUUCUCCAGUAAGAAGGAGUACACGUGUGUUUAUGAUGGCUGCAAAAAGAAGUUCAUGAAGAAGUUCCACCUCCAAGAACAUAUUCGUGUGAAACAUUUCAACAUCCGGGCCUACCGGUGCUCGUGGCCCGGAUGCUACAAGGAGUUUGCGGCUGAGCGCCAUCUUAAGGUUCAUUUGUUGAUUCACAAGGAUGAAAAGCCGCUUAAGUGUGACUUCUGUGACUAUAGGUGUCGCCAGCGAAAUGCUAUGAACUGGCACAUGCGCAAACACCCGGAAGCUCCUUACAGAUACCGGAAGUUUGGAAUGCUUUCCGGGGGCGAUGACUGAGAGUUUAUGAUGUGGUGUGUGUCUGGUGUCCUAAGUGACCAUUCAAAACGGUCUGGAUUCUUCGGGAACAUCUUCACGAAUCUACUUUGAUCAAAUUAAAUGACCAAAAUUAUGUUGUGUUCAAAAAAGGUAUGAGUUCUCGUUAGAUGUUAACUAAUGCAGGGUGUUUAUUCCCUGAGUGCCGCUAUGAAGUCAUUUGUAACAUUAGCAUUUGAAAAGACAUAUGUAACCGUACAAUAUUCUUGUGCUAAUGAGGCCAGUUCCAUUUUUGUUUCAUUUCAAAGAAUUCAUCUGAGAUUGACUUCAUUAUAACACGAAAGGAAACUCUCAAAGACUUUGUGUCAAAUUCGGGAUUAUCGACAUUUAAGUAGCACUUCUUGUUUGUGUUUGAUAAUAUUCUCUAGGUUCCGAAGAUUCGAAUCAAGAACAACUACUGAAUUCCUAAGAAUUAGCAAACUCGUUAGCUCAAUCAUAUCGCUGGAAACAGUCUUUUCACUUUAUCACACUACUCAAUACAAAUGAUUGUUACUGCAUAGAGAUCGCAUAUGCGCAUGUGCGUGUGUGGAUGUGUAUGAGAGUGUGUGUGCAAUACCCUCCAUCAUGUAACCACUAUACAAUAUCAAAGUGCGCGGUACAAUUAGGGGUUAAGCAAUAUUACUGUCAACAUAUAUAGUAUUGUUGGCACUGUUGUCUUCAUAAGGACAUGCAGUUUUCCAUAAUUAUAUACACAAGACUUACAUCAAACCGAUCCCAUUUUCGAACCUUUAAUAAACGUAAUCAUUACCCUUCGUCCAUGACGUCGAACGACAAAUGUCAUGUUAUAUGACGUCCCGCGACAAAUGUCAUUAUAUAUGCCGUCCAUGACGUCGCACGACACAUGUCAUGUUAUCUGCCGUCCAUGACGUUGCACGAUAAAUGUCAUUAUAUAUGCCGUCCAUGACGUUGCACGAUAAAUGUCAUUAUAUCUGCAGUCCAUGACGUCCCGCGACAAAUGUCAUUACAUCUGCCGUCCAUGACGUUCCACGACAAAUGUCAUUAUAUCUGCCGUCCAUGACGUCCCGCGACAAAUGUCAUUAAAUCUGCCGUCCAUGACGUCCCACGACAAAUGUCAUUAUAUCUGCCGUCCAUGACGUCCCACGACAAAUGUCAUUAUAUCUGCCGUCCAUGACGUCCCGCGACAAAUGUCAUGUUAUCUGCCGUCCAUGACGUCCCGCGACAAAUGUCAUGUUAUCUGCCGUCCAUGACGUCCCACGACAAAUGUCAUGUUAUCUGCCGCCCAAGACGUCCCGCGACAUAUGUCAUUAUAUCUGCCGUCCAUGACGUCCCGCGACAAAUGUCAUUACAUCUGCCGCCCAAGACGUCCCGCGACAUAUGUCAUUAUAUCUGCCGUCCAUGACGUCCCGCGACAAAUGUCAUUAUAUCUGCCGUCCAUGACGUCCCACGACAAAUGUCAUUAUAUCUGCCGUCCAUGACGUCCCGCGACAUAUGUCAUUAUAUCUGCCGUCCAUGACGUCCCGCGACAAAUGUCAUGUUAUCUGCCGUCCAUGACGUCCCGCGACAAAUGUCAUGUUAUCUUCCGUCCAUGACGUGCUUGUUAGAAGCAUACAAUCAAAAUUCUAGAUAGCAUUUACAUUUCAAGAUAUGAGCAGUACAUAGAUAUGUCACAAUGCAUACAGAUUACUUGAAUAAAAGUCGUAAAGUCCAUAUAGUCGGUUUAUCGAAGCUUUUGUUAUCAACGAUAAUAUUCCUGCGAAGAAAAUUCAGAUACCUCGAACUAUAUUUCAAUUCGUUAUAUCGGGGAAUUUGACUUCGUUCUUAUAAUGCAAUCAGACAAAAGGGAUUAUUUUUUAUGAAACAAAUAUGUGAAUAAAAAGAGAAGAGUUAUUGUAAUAAAAAAAAUUUUAAAGGAUUUUUUUUCUAUAAAUUGCAUCCACAUUUGGCUUCUCCAAUGUACCCACAUCAAUAGCUAUAUGUAUAUUUUGUUGUUUGUAUAUGUCGAAUAUUGUGUUUUUAGUUUUUAACCUAUAUUCUUAUACGGUCGGCGAAAAGUGCAAUAUAUGUAUUAUAUCUAUGGUUGUGCUGUGGUGCUUAUUUUUAUCUGUUGUCUCCAAUAUAUUGAAUGUUUGGUAUUUAUGAAGAAAUCCUUCAGGACCUGUUUUAAUAUCCUUAUACUCACAUAAAAAAAGAUAUUCCAUUUUUUCCAGAUUAUCGAGUAUUUUCUCUCGAAUAUCGCGUAUAUCGACUACCCGUGUGCAUCACACGUCCUUGUUUGUUUGUGCAGAGUUACGUCCCUUAUCCGUAGCAGGACCAUACUCGCCCGAGUUUUCACCCGAGUUGUAAAUGAUCUGUGAUACUUCAGGUUUUCAGCACACAACCUGACAACCGUGUUGUACUGAAAUAUCGCACUAAGAGCUGUUAAACACAGUCUCUGUUUAUUGAUUUUACCAUAUCACGGCGGUCUGUAAAAUUUCAGCCUGGGACACACAACAUGAGCAACAUGGUCGAUAACAUGAGCAACGGUCCACGUUGUCGGGUGCGAUCAACACAAUCAACCAUGUUACAGAUUUAGCUACGGCAACUGAUUUACUCGAAUAUCCGGGGCAUUGUAUCUCAGUUCUGAUGUCAUAAAUACCUUAUUACCAUUCACUACCUCAGUUUCGGUUUCAACUUUUGAUAUGUUGACGUCACUUCCGGAACGAAGUUGUGGUGGUGGAUGUAUCCAGGGUAUUUAUCAUGACUGAUUUGACAUAUAAUGCCAUGGAUAGGAGAGGAUGAUCCGCAGUCACUGGAACCCUGCUAAGUGAAUUAGAAAUGAGGCUGAAUGAAACUGGUGCUCGACUGAUAUAAUUUAAAUUAUAUACAUGUUUUGGGCUAUGAAUAAUCCCGUGAGCAUACAGAAAGAGGUUCAGUACUGGUAAUUAAACAUCUUUGGUCAUGGUUGGUUUGUUGUGGCCAAAUGGACUAAACAUUGUGAAAUUUAACUGGACAAUUCGGAAGUGUGUUUUUUUAGUUUUAAAACCCUGUAUAGAAAGCCUGGUAUCUUACUUACACCGUCAAGAUUGUGUGUUUUGUUCAUAUCUCGUGGAUUGUUAAUUCGGAUAAGUGUACGAUUGUCAGUCAGGAUCUGGGCCCCGUUGCACAAAGCGAUCUUAGCCCUCCGACUGUCGUAAGCCUCUAAAGUAUGGGCGUUACAAUCACCUUAGCGCUAAGAUAGCUUUGUGCAACUGGGCUCCGGUAAUAUCAAUCUCUUCGGCCGAUUCCUGAGCGUAAUUUCAAUCAUGUUCUGGGUAGCCUCUUGUUACACGGUUACAGGGUGGGGCGAAUAUUUCCAACUGCAGCGCACAGAUUGAUGUUUCAUUUGUCCCGUGUUGUGUAAAGGGUACAAAGACCUUAUCUCCUCCGUCCAACGCUAUUCAUAUGUAAAUAAUUACUCAUGUAGAAAAUUAAUUUCGGAUAGAAUUUCACGUUGUUCAACACUAAACGGCGUUUUCUCGUUUCAAAGGAAAACCAUUGAUUAAACCAAGCAGGAACACAAUUUUAUGAUUGUUUAAAUACAAUGUUUAUUUGGAACUAGCAUUUGUGAGUUUCAUGCAACAGGGGUAUACAUCACAUCGUUUAAAUAAAAAUAACUCAUGUUAAGGUAUUUGAUUAAAGGUUUAAUAUCUUAAAAUAUAAACAGAUAUUUAAUUACAAUUGGUAACGAAAAAGUGAUAUUUUACUAAUAUAUUAAAUUAUUUUCAAAACAAAUUAUUUUCGACGAUUGGAAAUCGUUUGGGUUUUCAAAUGUCUCUCAUUUUUAGUAAAGCGUCGGAUUUUAAAUCAAGACACAUAUCUCUAUUCAUAAAGUGUAUGGUAAUAUUCCUUCGUCUAUUAAUUUUUAUUUAUUAUUUGUUUACAUCCUCAUUUUUAGCAUCACCCAUGACUUACUGCUUAUCGUGGUGUCGACUUGUCAGCGGCCUUCAAUCAAACAGUAUUUUCUGGUUACCAUGACGAUGUAAUUCGGCUGUUAGUGGUGUAUAUCAAAUGUAUUAAUAUCAGACAAAGAAAUAAAGAAAUUUAUAUUUUGUCACAA